GACAGAAUCCUUUUGACCGUAAACAGACUCUGGUAACAGUUGAACUUUCGAGCUGAAGCUGAGAAAAAACCUGAUAGUCUUUAUCCGGCAUGACGGAAACCCGCUUUGACGCCUCCUACCCCAUGGACGACCACGCCUUAGAGCGCUUCUACCAGCUUUUUGUGGAAAACGCCGGUCCAAAGGUGAAGGAGGAAGAGGAGAAAGAGGAGGAGCGCCGCGAAGGUCAGCCGCAGGUCCCGGGUCAGAACAAAACGGGAGGCUGCAACCCCCACCGCCCACCCAAUCCUGAAAGGGGGCCGCGCCCGGCCGGGAUGACCUCUGAUUCGCCUGGAAACAACAGCUCCGACGAGCUGCCCCCCCUCCAGAUAAAGAACGUGGUGUCGGUGGUGGAUCUGGGCUGCAGACUGGACCUGGGAGCCAUUGGUAAAGCCUUGUGGAACACCCAGUACAACCCUAAGACCUACACAGGCCUCAUCAUGCGGAUCCGGAAACCCAGAACCACCGCCAACAUUUACAGUACGGGGAAGAUGAUCUGCACCGCAGCCUGCAGCAUCGAGGAGUCCCGCCAAGCGGCGAGGAGACACGCCCGGAUCCUGCAGAAGGCCGGGUUCCCCGUCCGCUUCCUGAACUUCCGUGUCAUCAACUGCGUCUGCAUGGUCAAAACUUUCUGCCUGAACCUGGAAGGGCUGACCCGGUCCAACCCGCAGGGCUUCAGUUUUGAACCCGAGUUGAAUCCUGCGGUUUUCCUCAGGAAGAGUCCUGGCGGCUUUGCCUCCAUCCAUCGGAAUGGGACCGUCAUCAUAAUGGGAUUGUCUUCUCCUAAAGCAUGCAAAGAACUUCUACAGCUGAUGUACCCAGUCCUGAAAGUCUUCCGGCAGGACAAAUGGGAUCUUUUGAGUCCCACUUAAUAAAGUUUUUAGAUAAA